AUGGAUGGGGCGAGUACGAGGUGGUCUGUUAUUGUUCCUUUGCUUACAGCUUCGGUAACCGGUACCGGAUUGAGGAAUCUCUCACUGUCCAUCAAACCACCGUGGGUGAGACGCGGCCAGGAGGCGCAGCUGCACUGUCAGUAUGAAAUGGAAGGUGCGCCACUCUACUCGGUGAAAUGGUACCGAGGCACACUGGAAUUCUAUCGAUAUUCACCGUUUGAAAAUCCACCGGCAAAGAUUUUCCCAUUCACCGGCAUUAAGGUUGAUAUGACUGUAUCGAAUGCAACGCACGUAACGUUACGAAACGUGGGUUUCAAUCUAUCCGGUAACUUUACAUGCGAGGUAACCGCAGACGCACCUUCGUUCUACACGGGAGUUGCAACAAAUGUGCUAACGGUAGUCGAAUUACCUCACUCACCGCCAACCUUGUGGACGGAACACACCAAAUACGACCCCGGUGAUAUAUUACGGGCUAACUGUUCUACCCCACCAUCGAAGCCCGGAGCCACGAUAACGUUUUUACUGAACAGCAUGACGGUUGGGACGGAAUCUACAGUGCUACAUCCAACGCAUGACAAUCUUCAUUGGGCGUCGCGGGAUCUUAUCAUUCAGCUACUGCCCUCUCAUUACUCCACUGGGCAGCUAAUAUUACGAUGCUUGGCUGAAGUGGGCACCAUUUACUCGGAAGUAUCGCAGGCACCCUUGGAAUCCAGCCGCAAGGAACCAAUUCCGGAACGAGUUACAUCCCCAAAUGGUGCCGCAACGCUAACCGGAUGCAUAGAAACUCGACGGCAACAGCUUUUCCUGACCAUCACGGGCAUCCUUGUGAUACUGACCGUAAUACACUCGUUCCGGCCGGACUCGCUGAUCCGAUAGCUUUCACCGCUUACCCCAGCGUAAUUCCACAGCGAGAGAACUGCAACCUGUGCACGAAUGUGUCGGUGUGAAUGAGAAAUUUAGAAUGUCCGUGUGUGAACCCUAGUGAAAAUGUCCACCGACGAUGUGCAUUGCACUUCCGGAUCAGCUUGCUACGUACUUCUCAAACUAACUCCAAACUGAGAAACUUAGCAGAUCGCCCGUACCCGUGUGAGUUGGCCACAAAUCGCCAUGGAAUUCUGUGUUUCGCACUGCCCAAAAAGCGAACGGAAUUCGUAAAGAAGAAGGAAUAGAUCGUGGAAGGGAGUCUACAUUCCGGUAGCAAGAGCAAGAUGACGUUUUACUCGAAUCGGUCCGCGCUACAAAUACUUCAAUGGUGACGAAGAAAAAAACAUACUGAUAGAAACAGUUUCUGAAACAGCGGUAAAGCGCAAUGUAGUAAAGCAAAUAAUCAAGAAUAAUGUGAGUUUAAGUGUGUUACGAACGUAAGGAGUAGGUUUAAGCCGAAGCUAAAGAAGCAACUAAUCCUUAACAGCACCAAGGUGCAAAGGUGAAAAAUCAAACAUUAACGUCUGACCGGGGUUGUAAUUAAGGGUACUGAAUGGAACGUAUGAAUGCAUGUAUCGUUUGGUGAAGGGUUACGUGUAGGAAAUCAAUUAGCAGUAAUCUAGCUGAAAACUAGCGCAAAAACAGAAACAGGCAGUAAAUAAAGAAAAUACGACAACCUUUCGUACGAGAUUUACAAAGCAGUAGAAACAGGCCACACGACCAGAAUGGAAGGACACAAUUAGGCAUGCUGGGGCGCAGCACACGGGCCACUCGUACCGGGGAGUGGGAAUUUUCACUUAUUGUUAAA